GUUUGGCUGCUCUCGAGAGAGAAACAAAAAAAAACAAAACAAAACAAAAAAUCUCAAAAAACCGCCGUCGCCUUUGCCACGAGAAAAGCCCGGGGACCAAAAAACCAAAGCGAACCCCCCCCUGCUGCCCCUGAAGACCCCAAAAAUCAACCCAAAAAAAAAAAGCCUCGGACCGUCCUGGGGAAGCCGUCGCAAACUCUCCUUUGUGAAGGAAACUUCGCCACUUAAACAUAAUUCCCUCUCUUUCCCCCCAAAACAAACAAACCUCUCCUUCUCCCCUUUCCUUUACCCCCCUUUCCUCGAUUUUUCUCUUUUUUUUUGGGAAAAAAGCAACUUUUUUUUGGUUUUUUUCCCCCCACCCCCAAGGUUUAGCUCGACAGAAAUACGCAAUUUACCUCCUUCCUCUCUCCCUCCUCCAAAAAGCAAAAAAAAAAAAAACAUAAAUACAAAAAAAAAAAACAAAAACCAAGGACCACCAGGAGAGAAAAAAAAAAAGUUGCUGUAUUUUUUUUUCUUUUUUAAAGCCAUGAGCAAAAACAAAGAAUUUUUUUCGCUAAUACACCACUAAUGCCAAAAUCCAAACCUUGAAGCGCUGUCGCCGAGAAAAAAAAUUGGAUACCGUCUCGCAACCCGGGAUUUCUUGCGCCAGGAGGGAAAUGCUACCACCGGGCCGUGCCCCCCCCACCCCCCAGACCCCCCAAAAAUACCCUUUUUUGGGGCUGGGGGGGGGGCUCAGCCUCCCCCCAGCCUCGUUUUUGACCACUUUUGCCUUUUUUUUUUAACCAGCAAAAGGGAGGGGAACAGCCACAACCCGCCGGGGCUUUUUGCCAUGGGCUCCGGCCCCAUCGACCCCAAGGAGCUCCUCAAGGGCUUGGACUGCUUCCUGGGCCGCGAUGGCGAGGUCAAGAGCACCGAGGGCAUCACCAAAAUCUUCAACCUGAUGAAGGACUCGCAGAAGCUGGUGAGCCGCUGCAUCUACCUGAACAUCCUCCUGCAGACGCGGGCGCACGACAUCCUCGCCAAAUUUAUCCGGGUGGGGGGCUACAAGCUGCUCAACACCUGGCUCACCAGCUCCAAGGCUUCCAACAACGUCCCCUUCCUGCAGCAGAUCCUCCUCACCCUGCAGCACCUGCCCCUCACCGUGGACCACCUCAAACAGAACAACACCGCCAAGCUGGUGAAGCAGCUCAGCAAAUCGAGCGACGAUGAAGAGCUUCGCCGCCUCGCCUCCAUCCUGGUCAGCGACUGGAUGGGCGUCAUCCGCUCCCAGAGCAGCGCCCAGCCCGCAGAACGGGACAAAAAGAAGCGGAAAGAGGAAAGUAAAAGCAAAACGCCCGUCCAGGAGAAACCCCAGGAGGCCAAAUCGGAGGCGAAAGCCGAGGAGGCGCCCGAGAAGAAGAGGGAGAAACCCAAAUCCCUGCGCACCACCGCCCCCAGCCAUGCCAAGUUCCGCUCCACCGGGCUGGAGAUGGAGACCCCUUCGCUCGCCCCCUCCAAGAAAGCCAACUCCUCCUCGGCGGCCGACAAAUACAACCUGAAACCCAUGCCCAUCAAGAGGCAAAACGCCUCGUCCCUUCCCGGCGACAACCCCCCCGCCGAGAAGAAAUACAAACCCCUCAACACCACCCCCAACGCCACCAAGGAGAUCAAAGUGAAAAUCAUCCCCCCGCAGCCCAUGGAGGGGCUCGGUUUCCUCGACGCCCUCAACUCCGCUCCCAUCCCCGGGAUCAAAAUCAAGAAGAAAAAGAAGGUGCUGUCCCCCACGGCGGCCAAACCCAGUCCUUUCGAGGGGAAGCCGGCAACCGAAAGCAGCUCUGCCAAACCUUCCUCCCCCGAGCCCGCCGCCGCCUCGGAGCCGAUGGAGACGGAGCGGCCGGGCACGCCGGUGCCGGCGGUGGAGGUGCCGGAGCCUCUCGAUCCAGGCUCGGCGGAACCGGGAGGCGAAGCCAAAGCGGCCGAGAGCCCGGCCGAGGGGGCGCAGCUGACGAAAAAAGGGCGGAAGAAGAAAACGGUGAGCUGGGCGGACGAGGGCAAGCUGCGGGAGUACUUCUACUUCGAGCUGGACGAGACCGAGCGAGUCAACGUCAACAAGAUCAAGGACUUCGGCGAGGCGGCCAAGCGGGAGAUGCUGAAGGACCGCGAGGCCUUCGAGACGGCGCGCCGCCUCAGCCACGACGCCAUGGAGGAGAAGGUGCCCUGGGUCUACCCCAAGCUCCUCGAGCUCCCCGCGCCCCUCGUCGUGCCGGGCAGCGGCAGCCGCGAGCGCUUCACCCAGGCCGAGCGGGAGAAGGGGAUCCUGCAGGAGAUCUUCCUCUCCAAGGAUCGAGUCCCGGACAGCCCCCACGAGCCCGACCUGGAGCCCUACGAGCCGCUGCCCCCCAAGCUGAUCCCGCUGGACGAGGACUGCUCCGCCGAGGAGGCCUCCUACCCCGACGGACCCGAGCCCGGCGCCUCCUCCUCGCCGGCCCCGGAGGCCCCCGGGGGCUCCAAGCUGCCCCCGGUGCUGGCCAACCUGAUGGGGAGCGUGGGGGCGGGCAAGACCCCGCAGGGCCCGGCGCCCGCCGCCCCCAUCAACAUGCAGGAGAUCCUCACCUCCAUCAUGGGCGGCCCUAAUAACCACAAGACGGAGGAGCUGCUGAAGCAGCCGGAUUAUUCGGAGAAAAUCAAACACCUGCUCGGGAACCUGCAGGGGCAGCCGCCGGGACCCUCCGGAGUGCCCCACGGAUUGCUGGGUCCCGGCCCCAUGGCCAACGGCUUCGCGCCCGGCCCCAAAGCCAUGCAGCACUUCCCGCCGGGGGGCCCGGGCCCCAUGCCAGGACCUCACGGCGGCGGGGGCCCCGGCCUGCCCCCGCUCCCGGGCGGCCCCCGCCUUUUGGGGCCGCCCCCCCCGCAGCAGCAGCAGCGCGGCGGCGACUUCUGGGACCCCCCUGACGGCGGCGGCGGCUUACGGGGCAGCCCCCACGGCGGUGGCGGCGGCGGCGGGGGGGGGCCCAUGCGUGGCGGCGGCGGCGGUGGCCCCUUCCACCGGGCCCGUGGCCGCGGCGGCAACGAAGCCCCCUACCGGGCCCGCGGCGGCGGCGGGGGGCGCAAUGGGGGCCCCCCCGGUGGCGGCGGCGGCGGCCGGGGCCCCUCCGGCGGCCACGGGGGCCACGGCGGCCACGGCGGCGAGCACGGCAGAGGCCACCCCGGCGAGCACCCGCGGGGCCACCCCGGCGAGCACCCCCGGGGCCACGGCGGAGGCCACGGAGGGAGGUAA